CGAGCGGAUCGAUCGAGCGAGGCGCGGCGCCAGGUUCAUCCUAGAUUUCUUCCACCUGGAGUGGAUCUACGCUUCCUUGACGCUGGCCCCGGGAUGGAAGCCAUGGCGGGCAAGCAUCGCCAAGGAGCGCGCGUCAUUAGACGAUCGAUCGAGAUCAUUGUUUUUUCAUCCUCUCCAGGUCCUCCACAUGCUAAGCAGGGGCCCAUACCUCUGGCCAUGAAAUAUUGGCUGCCACUAUGAAGAUUUGGUUCAUUGUCGGUAUAAGGUAAUGCCAAGCCAGUGAUAAGCCUUACGUUUGCAAGUAAGCCUCCAAAGGCCUAGUCGCUGUCAGCAAACUCAGAACUGGGUUGUCGAGCUUGGCUUGGUGUGCGAGACUAAAAAAUUUUGGUGGCAAGUGUGGAGCGAGUCUUCAACACUCCCGGGUUUUAUAUCGUAAACGUGCUCCGGAAAUUGGAGACUUUUCAAAGGGCAUCUUAGUUGGACCUUGGCUGCUAUCAAUCACCCCAAUUUGGAUGCUUGCACAGGCCUAUUGCUACGCUUGGCAACGAGUGCUCAUUUUGUCAACGAGCGCCGUGGGUGAUUUGCAAUGUUCCGUCCGCUCGGAAAAAAGCAAGGACAGUGUUUUUCCGGGAGCGCUUCCGAAGUAAUUAUCCCCUUCUAGUACUGCAUCCCUUUCUACUUGGGCUCCACCGGGAAAAUCCUGCUUGCAGGUUCGAAAGUGUCGCUUUUUCUCUAACUUCGCUCCUGUUGCAGAAGAUUCAAGCUGCAAGAUGCUCUUACCACAUAUCGUGCUCACGACAUUCAAGAGCUCAGGGACAAAGUGCGCAGCAGCGAGCACGAGGGGCAUUGUACUGGGACUGCUCCUCGGCCACCCGUUCCUAAAAUUCGUCAAAAUUGGAACGACGAGAGAAAUCCGGUGCGAAGAUUGCUCCCGCGUACGCUCCACUUGCUCUGAGGCGUAACAAUCCAAUUCGUCGCUUAAAAUCGUUUUAAGGUGAUACCAUUGCUAUAUUUUGAUUUUUGUUUGUUUUCCAGGCACCAUUUUAGGGUUUUGGGAAUUAUGGCGUUGGCUCCCACUAUCGCUCGAGCUUACAACUUUGGAUCUUCCUGGGAAGAGAAUGCGCCCUUGAGCGACGAGCAACAUGCCGCCAUAACUGCAUUGGCUCAAGUCGCAUCAGAUCGGCCCUUGCCUUCGCAUCUUACCGGAUCAUCUGGAAAGGAGGUGAAGUUUAGCUGAACUACCUUUUCUUUACUCGCUUAAACUCGAUGCCAGGAUGCUCCUCACAUCGACGAGCAACUGGGUCAUGCAGCGGCAGAUUUCUACAAGUGGUACUCGGAUCUAGAGUCUGCUAUGAAAUCUGAGACUGAAGAAAAGUACCGCCAAUAUGUGAACACUCUCACCGGCCAUCUGAACACUUGUGAUGGUAUUCUUGAGCAGCUGGAUGACACCUUGCUUCUUUUCGACGACUUGCAAAUGCAACAUCAAGCUGUGGCCACCAAAACAAAAACUCUUCAUGAUUCUUGUGAUCGGCUGGUUUUGGAGAAAGAUAGGCUUGCUGAAUUCGCAAAUACACUUAAAAGCAAACUCGUCUACUUUGACGAACUGGAAACCAUUGCUACACAGUUCUAUUCAGCAGCCAUGAGCGUAGAUAAUGAGCAGUUCCCUUCGCUACUCAAACGUCUGGACGACUGCAUAAUUUUCAUAAGCAGCAAUCCGCAAUAUGCCGACUCUGGUGUCUAUCUGCUAAAAUUUAAGCAGCUACAGUCAAGGGCAAUAGGAAUGAUGCGCUCUCACGUCCAAUCUGUGAUGAAGAAAACAACAGCGCAGGUGCAUGCUGCCCUCAAAGAGGGGACUGCUUUAUCCGAAGGAAUCGAGACCUCUGUUCUAUAUGUACGCUUUAAGGCAGCAGCAAGUGAGAUGAAGCCUCUCAUGGAAGCGCUUGAAAGCAGAACGAAACUAACGGAGUAUGCGUUAUUCCUUUCGGACUGUCAAACACUUUACUGUGAACAGCGCUUGCUCUUGGUGCAAGGCGUUGUACAACAACGGAUUUCGGAAUACGCUAAAAGAGAAGAAUUACCACCUUUCACUAGAUCGGGUUGCGCAUACCUCAUGCAGGCUUGCCAGUUCGAGCAUCAGCUCUUUGUUCACUUCUUUCCAUCCUCGUCAUCCGAAGCUUCAAAACUUGCUUCUCUUACUGAGCCUUUAUGCACCGUCCUAUAUGAUGCAUUGCGGCCUAAGUUCAUACACGAGACAAGAAUAGAUCUCCUCUGCGAGCUAGUUGAUAUCUUGAAGUUUGAAGUUCUUGAGGAGCAACUUAACCGAAAGGGAGAUCCUGUUGCCGGCCUCAGACCAACAAUAAUGCGAAUCCUAGCUGAUGUUCAAGAAAGGCUUACAUUUAGAGUGCAAACCUACGUGCGAAACGAGGUUGCGAACUACUUGCCACUGGCAGAAGACCUCGACUAUCCUGCAAAACUAAUGAAACAAAGUGAAUCCAGCGCUUCAGAGGAAGGAGCCAUAUCGGAAGGAAUGGACGGUCUUUACCCUCCUCUGGUGAAGACCUUAGCGUGCCUUUCAAAACUUUACCGGUGUCUUGAACCUACAAUAUUUACUGGGCUCGCGCAGGAAGCUGUGGGAACCUGUACAGCGGCAAUUCAGCGUGGCAGCAAACUCGUUGUCAAGAAGUCGUCUGAAAUGGAUGGUCAGCUUUUCUUGAUCAAACAUUUGUUAGUACUGAGAGAGCAGAUCACUCCAUUCGAUAUUGAUUUUGCCGUAACUCACAAGGAGCUUGAUUUUGCACACGUUCUCGACCAUUUACGCCGUAUUCUCAGAGGCCAAGCAUCAGUCUUCGACUUCACAAGUAGAACAAGUUUGGCCCGCACAUUUUCUCCUCGAGUCCUGGAAAAUCAAGUGGAUGCCAAAAAGGAACUUGAAAAGGGUCUCAAGCUUACUUGCGAACAGUUCAUCAUGUCCGUAACGAAACUUACUGUCGAGCCCAUGCUGUCUUUCGUGACUAAGGUCACAGCCGUAAGAGUUUCUGUCUCAGCGAACAGAGCUCUCAAGGAUCAGGCAUUUGCAACGCCUGAAAAGGUUGCGGAAGUGAUUUCUAAGGUGGACUGUUCCCUCAAGGAGGAGCUACCAAAUGUGAUAUCCAAGAUGAACCUUUAUCUGCCAAAUCCAUAUACCCGCUCCAUUCUUUUGAAGCCUAUGAAAUCCAACGUUGUGGAGGCUUACUCUCAGGUGCUUAACAUCGUCGAGGCAGAGUAUAGUCAAGACGAUAUCAAAACUUCCCCUAUCAUCAGCAUUACAGAACUGCAAGCUCACCUCGACUCCCUCGGCUAAUUUCUGAUCAGCUCUAUGAUUUUCACGCGAAGUUUAAUGAAAGUGAAAAGCUUUUAUGUCA